ACCAGUGCGUCACGCUGCUUCCGCCCGAUACAGGACGUUGUUAUUUGUUUACAAUUUGAGUGGUUUUAUUAGCUUAUUCCUUGAGUCCUAAAUCUGAUAAUGAACAUCGUUUAUAAAAAUGUCCAGGAAACGCUCCUCUGACCGGUCUGAUAGGUUUGACUAUUUGCAAACGCUGGUAACUGAAUUUCAAGACACUGAUAAUGAUGAGGCAAAGGAGCAAGUCUUGGCAAACCUGGCCAACUUUUCAUACGACCCGAAAAACAUGGAAGAUUUGAGGAUGCUGCAAGUGACUGAUCUAUUUUUGGACAUGCUCACCGAAGAUAACGAGAACUUUGUGGAGUUUGGAAUGGCUGCUCUGUAUGUUCCCGGCGCUCCAAGGUGGACUAUGCAACCUCAGCAUGGACCGGGAUUGCCGGGACCUCAUCCUGGAGAGCGGAGGGAUCCCGCUGGUCACCGCCUGCCUCUCCGGCCGCAGAGAGGAGAUCGUCCUCUCCGCCAUCACCACCCUCAUGAACCUGACCACGGCGGCGUCGCGGCCCCAGGUCACAGGGCCGGCCGUGGUGCAGUGCAUGCUGCGCUUCUCCCUGUCAGAGAGCCCCCGCCUGCGGAACCUGGCCUGCGUGUUCCUGCAGGAUUGCUGCACGGAGCCGCAGGUGGCCCGGGCGCAGCAGACCAUGCCGGACGGCCCGCACACAGUGCUGGGGAUCCCGCUGCCCGCGGACUCGGGCCCCUGAGACGCGCUGCUGUGUCCCUUGGGGUGCCGUGUCCCUGGGGUGCCGUCUCCCUUGGGUGCCGUCACCCUGGGGUGCUGUAGUCCUGAGGUGCCCUCACCCUGGGGUGCUGUCUCCCUGCAGCCGGGCGGAUUUCUUCCUUUUUAUGGGAGAGUGAAUCAUCUCUCUGCGAGAGGAACCUUGUUUGGGUUUUGUUGCUUAUUAAAACUGUGCAUUUUUUCUUGGUUAUUUGAUAUUAAAACAAUUGUAAAAAAAAAAAUUAUUCGUCAUAUAGUUUUUACUUUUGAAAAAUCGAAGGCUACUCUAUUGUGUCAAACAUUGAAUAUGCAAGUGAAUACUGAAUCAGUUGUUACUUUGGGAUGUUGUAAUUGGGUAAGACUGGGGCAGUCAGUGUGAUUAUUUGCCACACGAGGGCGACAAAGCAGCCUUCUCUGCAAGACGAUUUUCGUAGAUUCAUAUUAAAGAUUUAUUUCCAAACUAAACGUCCUCAUUUUAAAUUAAUGGUCUUAAAAGCUGUGUUUAGCGACAUUCUUCUAUACAUGUAUUCCAGUGAAAUCAAAUGUCAGGGUUAAAAUAUUUCAACAUUGUUUUUAUUGAGUAAACUACUAAAGGACUGACAAUGUAAAGAUUGCAAAUAAGAGUUAAAAUAUAUUUAUAAUAUACAUUUAAAAUAAUCAUGAAUUUAUAAUGCAGUCUAAACAUUAGUAUUCAUAUUCGAGGUGGUACGAUGUUUAUUAGUGCGUUUAAAACUUUGGUUUGCACUUCCUGUUUAUCAUCACAAACAGCUUUAUCCGUCCCUCAUUGGACGGCUUGAUAAUUAUUUUGGACGGUUAAAAUA